AAACGUCCUUGCAGAAGACGAUCUGCUGUGAUGCACAAGCUCAUCUUCAGCUUAAAUCUCUUCUAGCUUUCCUAUGUGCAAUAGCUUUUUUUUUUUUUUUUUUUUUUAAGAAAACUCAAGAUUCGAGUAGGUCGAUUUUAGACUUUUCAAAGUGAGCACAGAAUCAGUUCUUCACGAUGUGGUUGCUGAUAUUUUUGGUGUGCGUCCUGAUUUGGGCUGCUGGAACAUACUGGUACCUGUUCAUCAAGCCGAGUCCAUUUUCAGUGCAGUCGGUGAGACCUCCGGGACCUUUGGAGCUGGACCAGAGAAAGAGAGACAAAGUGCUGAAACAAGGAUUUACCAAGGAGAAGAUUCCAAAGGAUCUUGAUGCAAUUAUAAUAGGCAGUGGGAUCGGAGGAAUGACGGCUGCAGCCACACUGGCCAAAGUUGGGAAGAAAGUCCUGGUGCUGGAGCAGCACGACGUGGCAGGAGGCUGCUGUCACACUUUCACUGAGAAGGGUUUUGAGUUUGAUGUGGGACUUCACUACUUCGGGCAGCUGCAUGAAAACGGUCUGCUUAAGGUCGCUUUUGACCAAAUCACUGAGGGUCAGCUGGAGUUUGUGGAGCUAAAGCAGCAUUUUGACAGUAUUAUAAUUGGCGACAAUGAGGAACGGAGAGACUAUGCCAUCUUGAGUGGCAAGACUGAGAUGGAGCGGAACCUGAAGAAGCAGUUUCCUGAUGAUGUCGAAGCUGUGGAGGAGUUCUUUAAGCUCAUGAAGGUCACAGCCAGACAUGUUGCUCUUUUAGGCAUCCUAAAGCUGAUUCCAAAAUGGCUGGCUCUCUUUCUGCUUAAAAGUGGCAUCGCUGACUACUUCUCAUCCAUCUUUCGUCUAUCAGAAUCAAAUGCCACAGAGGUGAACAACAGACUGACAAGCAACAAGGACUUGCACUUGGUCUUCUCAUAUUUCUUCUAUGGUGUGCCUCCUAAAGAUUCCAGCUGUAUGAUCAAUGCUCUGAUGCUGCACCACUUCAAGCGUGGCGCAUACUACCCUAAAGGGGGCGCCAGUGAGAUCCCAUUCCACAUCACUAAAGUCAUACAGAAAUACGGGGGCAGUGUGCUGGUCCGCGCCCCUGUCAGCCGUAUCCUAGUGGAUAAGAAGGGAGCUGCAUAUGGAGUGACCGUGAGGAAAGGUGAUGAGCACGUGGAAGUGCGAGCUCCUAUUAUCAUUUCCAACUGUGGGAUUUUCAACACCUUCCAGAAGCUCCUACCUCCGGAAAUACAAGUCAAACCAGAGAUUCAGAGUCGUCUGGAUAUGUUAAGGCCCGGUAAAGCCUCGUUCCUGCUGUUCUCAGGGUUUGAUGCGACCGAAGAAGAGUUAGACAUCGUGUCCACCAGCAUCUGGCUCUUCAAAUCAAAUGACAUGGAUGGCAUGAUGGAUGAGUUCUUCGGUAUGAGUAAAGACGAGGCACCAGAGAACAUUCCCAUGAUGCUCCUCACUUUCCCCUCAGCCAAAGACCCCACAUCAAUCCGUCACCCAGGCAAGUCAUGUAUGACCAUCCUGACCAUGGUCAAUUAUGAAUGGUUUGAAGAGUGGAAGGACACUAGAGUGAGGAAAAGAGGCGAUGAUUACUUCAACUACAAGAUGAGAUUUGCAAACCAUCUCUUUGACUGGGCCUGCAAACACUUCCCAAAACUCAGAGAAAAGCUGGUGUAUCAGGAAGCAGCCACUCCUCUGACGAACACGCACUACCUCAGCUGUAACCGGGGAGCCAUAUAUUCUGCUGAUCACAACUUGGGCCGCUUCUAUUCAGAGGCCAUGGCUCGAAAUCGAUGUGAUACUCCCGUCAAAAACCUUUAUUUGUCAGGUCAGGACAUGUUCAGCUGUGGUAUCGCUGGUGCGUUGCAUGGUGGUCUUCUCUGUGCCUCAACUGUCCUAAACUAUCGUGUGUACAUUGACCUCAUGCUUGUCAAGAAAAAACUCAAGUGGAAGAAAGCAAAGGAGACAGCGAACCUGGCUAAGCAGAAGAAGCAGUGAUGAAGCUGUGCUGCCUCUGCAGUUUGGCAGGAGAACUGCACAGGAAAUGUUAAUGGUGCCUUCAAGUCAUGUCGGAGAUUGAACGCACAUGAAUGCAUAAAUAUGAGUGGGAAGCUCUGGAUUUUCUUUAAGACCAGAGUUUAUGAGUGUGUGUCAGUGAGAAACAUGGUGGAAAACAAAAACAAAAAAAGCAAAAAAAGUUAG